AAAAAAAAAGGGAAGGCCAAAAAAAAAAGGCACAAGCCAUCAACCCCGCCAAGCCCAGCUUUGGAUCUCAGUGCAGGUAUUUCUGCUGCUGUGUUCAUCCCUUGCCGCGUAGCACUCCGGUUUAUUUUUUUUUUAAAGGAAAGAGAAAAAGAACGAAAAGGAAAAGUCGAACUCUCAAAGGGUUACUAUGCAAUUGCGACUGAUUUCUUGGUUUUUUAUCACUUUGAACUUUAUGGAAUACAUUGGCAGCCAGCACGCCUCCAGGGUACGGCGACAGGGAAGAAUGCAUCCUAAUGUGAGCCAGGGUUGCCAAGGAGGGUGUGCUACAUGUUCUGACUACAACGGAUGCCUGUCAUGUAAGCCCAGGCUCUUUUUUGUUCUGGAGAGGAUUGGCAUGAAACAGAUUGGAGUAUGUCUUUCCUCGUGUCCAAGCGGAUACUAUGGGACGAGGUAUCCCGACAUUAAUAAGUGUGCAAAAUGUAAAGCUGACUGUGAUACCUGCUUCACCAAAAACUUCUGCACAAAGUGUAAAAGUGGGUUCUACUUAUACAGUGGAAAGUGCCUUGAAAAGUGCCCCGAUGGGCUGGAAGCCAACAACCACACGAUGGAGUGCACUAGCAUCGUGCACUGUGAAGCUAGUGAGUGGAGUCCAUGGAGCCCUUGCACAAAGAAAGGAAAAACAUGUGGUUUCAAAAGAGGAAAUGAAGUAAGGGUCAGAGAGAUCGUGCAGCAUCCGUCAGCAAGGGGCAAUCCUUGCCCAGCUACAAGCGAGAGCAGAAAAUGUAUUGUACAAAGAAAGAGAUGUCAGAAGGAAGGAAAAGGGAAAAAAAAUAAAGAGGAGAAAAGAAAAAAGUCCAGCAAAGAUGAAAGCAAAGAGACACGACAGGAAAGCAAAGGGCGAGCAGCCCGAAGACAAAACCGAGAACAGAGGGAAAACAACAACAAAACGCAGCCGAAGAAAAGAAAAGCCCCAAAUAAAGAACAGAACUUGGCACCCGUCGACACUGCACAUUAACAGCCCUCCAUGAUUGUUUAAGUCUUAUGAUGCUGCUAUCUCUACCAGAUCGCCCUGACAGGUGCUCCAACUGUUCAGGCCGCAAAUGGACAAUGCUACCAGUUAUUAUUAAACUUUAAACAACAUUCCAAAUACUUCCUAUAUUCUCCAAGCAACCAUAGUUUAUUAAAGAGAUUGACAUGAGCCAAGAAAAAAAGAUACAAACUUAAAAGUGGGAUUCUUUAAAACUGUUAUAUUAUAUGCUUCCAUGCAUCUGUAAAAGGCAAUUAAGAAAUUUUGUAUAUAUUAAUAAUAGGGUAUAAAAUAUAGCAAUAUAAUAAUGAAUGACAUUCAGAUGAACAAUGUUUUUUUUCUUUGUAAAAUAUUUUUCAAGUUAUUGUUUAAGUAUGAGGCAAGAGAUAUGUCUAAAUCAAAGACGCAAAUCGUAUCCCUUCAUAUAUUGUACAUAAAUACUAAGAGAAGGAGGAAAACAUUUCUGAAGAGCCAAUAGGAACCCAAGGUUUUAUAACCUCUGGUGGAGCAGGAUGGGAUUGCCCUGUGGUUCUCCAGUCUGUGGUUCCCCAGUCCGUGGUUCAGAUGCAGGUGAAAAACACCCAGGGAAAGCCUGCCAGGCUUCACAAGCUGAGGGAAAAGAAGUAGAAGUGUCUGCAGCUUUGAAGACUGAAUCCCUGAAGUAGAAGGCGAUGGAGCUGAGCUUGAAUAGUGCUCUCAUCUGUGGGACAACACAGUGUUUUCUGGUCUAAACAGUGGUACCGUGUGUGCUGUUUUAUGCUUUUUAUACCUAUGUGUAACUUAAGUCUACAUUUCAAAUCUUCUGGUGAAUGACAAAUCGUAUUUGUAGGAGACAAUGUUGAGUUAAUAAAAACCAGAAAAAUAGAUCA